AGCUUACCAGAUCUUACACAGUUCCUGUGAUCACGGCGUUCUCUCUCUCUCUCCCUGAGCUUCGCUCCGAGCUUCGUUUCCGCAAGCUCAGGCCAGAUUCGUCCGCGCCGCGACCAGCACGAAGACUCUCUAGUUCCCGGUCGUCGCGUCUGCUCGCGGGAGUGGGAGUGGCGCCUUCUUCGAGCUGCAUCCGUCUGUUGUACAGCUCGUUCCCCGGUUUAAGGUCCGAUCGCAUGGCUUGACGGCUUCGCACGAUUCGAGCUCGGAACCGAGGAAUGGAAAUUUAAAGGGGCGUGCUGGUGAAGAAUUUCAUAUAAUCCGUUGAUUAAAAAAAUUUCGAGUGCUUUGGCCUUCGUGGAGUCGGGGCAUCUCUAAGUACUGCAGAUUGGAUUUUGGUGUGACAUAAUUUGGAAACAAAGCAGAGACUGAUGGAGGAUGGGUUAAACAGAGGAGACCCUCAGGGAAAUUUUGUCAGACAAUCGUCGCUAAGGCAGGGCGGCACCUAUAAACCCACGUUGUCGGGCAGAUCAACACCUAGGAAUUCUCCUACAUUUCGUAGACUGCAUUCUAGCCGAACUCCAAGAAGAGAAGGUAGAACCGGUGGAGUUAGUUUGCAGUGGUUCCGCAGUAACAGAUUGGUGUAUUGGUUGCUUUUGAUCACCCUAUGGGCUUACCUUGGAUUUUAUUUCCAGUCCAGAUGGGCUCAUGGUGAGAACAGAAAUAAUUUCCUUGUUUUCAGAAAGAAACCAAGGAAUCAUGAUCCUGACUCUCAUGACAAUGAAAGAAGAAAUUUGAUUGCCAACCACAGUACAAUGGCAAUAAAAAAUGAGACUGACAUAAGGAUGACAGAAAAUAAAAGAAUAGGUGUGGUGUUGGCUAACAAGGGCGAUGGGGGUUCAUCUCCUCGAAGUGUUGCUAAGAAGAAGAAUAAGAAAUCGUCGCGUAAAUCAAGGGGUAAAGCUCGCAAACAGGCACCAAAGGUGGAGGUUAAGAGCGCAGAGUUGGAAGAGCAGGAACCCGAAAUACCCUUGAAAAAUACUAGUUAUGGUCUCCUUGUUGGUCCAUUUGGCAUGACAGAGGACAGAGUAUUGGGAUGGAGUUCUGAGAAACGAUCAGGAACCUGUGACCGGAAGGGAGAUUUUGCUCGGCUUGUUUGGUCAAGGAGAUUUCUGUUGAUUUUCCAUGAGCUCUCCAUGACCGGUGCUCCCCUAUCAAUGAUGGAGCUUGCGACAGAGCUAUUGAGCUGUGGGGCUACAGUUUCAGCUGUGGUUCUUAGCAGGAAGGGAGGAUUGAUGCCGGAGCUUGUUAGGAGAAGAAUUAAAGUGCUUGAAGACAAAGCAGACUUCAGCUUCAAAGUCGGCAUGAAAUCUGAUGUUGUGAUAGCUGGAUCAGCAGUCUGUGCUUCAUGGAUUGAUCAAUACAUUGAGCACUUUCCAGCUGGUGGGAGUCAGAUCACUUGGUGGAUCAUGGAGAACAGGAGAGAGUAUUUUGAUCGUGCAAAACCUGUACUCAACCGAGUGAAGAUGCUUAUUUUUCUUUCAGAGUCACAGUCUAAACAGUGGCUGACUUGGUGUGAGGAAGAAAAAAUAAAGUUGAGAUAUCCACCUUCUGUAGUCCCACUAUCUGUUAAUGACGAAUUGGCUUUUGUUGCUGGGAUUCGUUCUUCACUCAACACCCCGUCCUUCAGCACCGGAAUGAUGAAGGAGAAAAGGAUGUUGCUGAGGGAUUCCGUCAGAAGAGAGAUGGGAUUAACAGAAAACGACAUGCUUUUGAUAUCUCUGAGUAGCAUAAACCCUGGAAAAGGCCAGCUUCUGCUUCUUGAAUCGGCAUGCUUGGUGAUAGAGAAUGGCUCCUCGCAGCAUAGUACUAAAUUAAAAAACCUUGCAGGGUUUGGCAAGGCCCAGGAGGAAUUGAACUCCACUGUAAAGAGUCAUUUGAGAGCAUUGUUUCAGGAUAGGUAUGAUUCUGAAUCAGUGGGUGAACUACCCAGCUAUUUUGAUUCUUUGAAAAACCCUAAGAGAAAAACUUUGUCAUUGCCUGGUCCCAUGAGGGAGAGUGGGAAAGAUGCUUUAAGUUCUGAGCACAUCGCUCGAAGAAGAAAAACAUUGUCUGAUAGUGAAGGGAAGCCACAGCAGGUGCUGAAAGUGCUCAUUGGAUCUGUUGGAUCUAAAAGCAAUAAAGUACAAUACGUGAAAGAAACCCUGAGGUUUCUAUCCGUGCAUUCAAAUUUAUCAAGAUCCGUUCUGUGGACGCCAGCGACUACUCGUGUUGCCUCGCUUUACUCUGCUGCGGAUGUUUAUGUCAUCAAUUCACAGGGCAUGGGAGAGACGUUUGGAAGAGUUACAAUUGAAGCUAUGGCGUUUGGCCUUCCGGUGCUCGGAACAGAUGCAGGAGGUACAAAAGAGAUUGUCGAUCACAACGAAACGGGCCUUCUUUACCCUCCUGGUCGUCCUGGAAUUGAAGCACUUGCCAGAAACAUCCGGUACUUGCUUAGAGAACCAGCGUUGAGGGAGCAAAUGGGGAUGAAGGGGAGGAAGAAGGUGGAGAAGAUGUACUUGAAACAGCACAUAUACAAGAAAUUCGCUGUGGUUCUCUCCAGAUGCAUGAGAUGAGGGACCUUUUACCAUUGGAGAAUCACUUUCUUUCACAGGGCGAGUGGUUUCUAAGAGCUCACAUGCCGGCCAAACUAUUUGGCCAACGAUUGAUCAAGGAUCCAUACAUUUUAGAAGGUGAAGAGAUAUGGUGGUCAUAAUAGGUAUUUCUUUCCCUCUUCCGUAUUUUUUCUCUUCAUUUUGUCGUUGAUCCUUACCAUUCAUGUCCAAAGCGAUUCACUGUCAUGACGUGGAUGCUGGCUAAUACUUCAUCUUCCAAUAUACGUCUCAUGUUCCCAACA